CUUUGCUGGAGCCGCUGCCGCCGCCGCUGCCCGCUUUCCGGCGAGCCGGAGUCUCCGUGCCGUACCCUUGGUCCCCGGCCGCGCGGAGCCGGGAUGCACUGCUCCUGCUGUGGGUUCUCAUCAUGGAGACCAAACGGGUGGAGAUUCCCGGCAGCGUCCUGGACGAUCUCUGCAGCCGAUUUAUUUUGCAUAUUCCCAGCGAGGAAAGAGACAAUGCUAUCCGAGUGUGUUUUCAGAUUGAACUUGCCCAUUGGUUUUACUUGGAUUUCUACAUGCAGAACACACCAGGAUUACCUCAGUGUGGGAUAAGAGACUUUGCUAAAGCUGUCUUCAGUCACUGUCCAUUUUUGCUGCCUCAAGGUGAAGAUGUGGAAAAAAUUUUGGAUGAAUGGAAGGAAUAUAAAAUGGGAGUACCAACAUAUGGUGCAAUUAUUCUUGAUGAGACACUUGAAAAUGUACUACUGGUUCAGGGGUACCUAGCAAAAUCAGGCUGGGGAUUUCCAAAAGGAAAAGUAAAUAAAGAAGAAGCUCCUCAUGAUUGUGCUGCUAGAGAGGUCUUUGAAGAAACUGGUUUUGAUAUCAAAGAUUAUAUUUGUAAGGAUGAUUACAUUGAACUUCGAAUCAAUGACCAGCUUGCUCGUUUGUACAUCAUUCCAGGAAUUCCAAAAGACACAAAAUUUAACCCAAAAACCAGAAGAGAAAUUCGGAACAUUGAGUGGUUCUCCAUUGAGAAAUUGCCCUGUCAUAGAAAUGAUAUGACUCCAAAAUCCAAACUUGGUUUGGCACCUAACAAAUUCUUUAUGGCCAUUCCCUUUAUCAGGCCAUUAAGGGACUGGCUUUCCCGGAGAUUUGGAGAUUCCUCAGACAGUGACAAUGGAUUUUCCUCUGUUGGUAGCACACCAGCUAAACCCACUGUGGAAAAAUUGAGUCGAACCAAAUUCCGCCACAGUCAGCAGUUAUUUCCUGAAGGUUCUCCUGGUGACCAGUGGGUGAAACACAGGCAACCACUGCAGCAAAAGCCAUAUAAUAAUCAUUCUGAAAUGUCUGACCUUUUAAAAGCAAAGAAUCAAAGUAUCAGGGGAAAUGGCAGAAAACAGUAUCAGGACUCACCUAAUCAAAAGAAAAGAACAAACGGGGUCCACAGCCAGCCAGCCAAGCAGCAGAAUCCCUUGAUGAAAUGUGAAAAAAAACUUCAUCCACGAAAACUUCAGGAUAAUUUCGAAACAGAUGCUGUAUGUGACUUGCCUUGCUCCAGUGAAGACCAGUUGCUAGAACAUGCUGAGGGACAGUCUGUGGCAUGUAAUGGUCAUUGCAAGUUCCCCUUUUCAUCCAGAGCCUUUUUGAGUUUUAAAUUUGACCAUAAUGCUAUAAUGAAAAUCUUGGACCUUUGAUAGCAGCAGAUGUGUUGUGGAAGUCCCAAGAUCAGAGACCUGUUGCAUUUGAGUGGGUGUCUCUUUGAGCCUUACCUUUCUCAGGUGUUUUAAAGAAAUGCAGGGAGGCAGUGAUGUUUCUGAAGAUAUUGUUCUCUGUGCAGAAGAGAGAGUAGAAAGAAACAUGAGUUUGCACUGUAAAUGCAGUUAAAACCUUUUAUACAGAUGUACCUUUUCAGUGUUUGGCCAACGAAUUUAAGUUGCUUUUUAUGAGAGCAUUUUUUCUGUGUGAUUGUGGUUUUUAUUUCAUGUUCUGGUCAAGAAAAUAGUAUUUGAAUCAUCAUCAUCAGGUAGCCAAUAUAAUGGGAAUGCUCCAUCUAUCCAUGACAGUGAUUGCAAUAAGAGUUUCCUUAUAUUGACAUUUUUAAAAGAAACUUAAAAUUCACAAAUACUAAAUGCAAGAACUGAAAAUGUCACUGAAGUCAAGAUUGCAGGUCAUCUGCUUUGGUGGCAUUUUGCGCAUUUCUCUGCUUCUAACCACUUAGGUUCUCUAAUCCUCCUCUGCUUGGAGAUUUGUUGAAAGGUUAUUUUUAGAGCCAGCAUCUACUAUGUAAUGUUCAUGUUAAAAACGAACUCUUAGCACUUCAUUAAGGGACAAAGUCCUCAGCCUGGAGAGGGACUGAGUUGGUUGGGUGGGGAGUGGACACUCUGACUUGGCAUUGAGAGCCUUGUGCAGUCAGUGAUCAGUGAACCUGCUGGGGAGCAGGGAAUCCAGGGCCUGGCAACUGUUUUGGUCUUGUCUUCACUGUCCUGCCAUCAGUCCUUUAGUAUUGUACAAUGGUUUUGUUCCUGUGAAAAUUUAUUUUCUGUUGUAGCUGUGUAAAUAUGAAUGGAAUACUGACAUUAUUAAGUUUUACAUUGCAUCUCGGUAUUGAUCUCUGGAAACUGAUGUAUUAGGUUCCAAUUUUCAGUAGUAGCAGAAACUGACAUGCUUUUAUGGGCAUGCUGAAGCCUCUGGACGAAGGAGCACGAAGGGAAGGGGCAUAUGGUUCAGGCAAGUACAAGUAAAGCAUUUCAAUAGUGGAGGAUCAGAACGUGAAGGUAGCAUAUACAGAACUCAUUCCUGGCACUAGAUUUUGCUCCUUCGGGAUUCUUAAAUCUAAAUAAGGGUGGCAGUGCCCAUUUUAAGAAGGAUUUCAGCUCUAAUUGAGGACAAUCACCAGGGCUUUAAAGGGGUUUAGUGUUUGGGCUGCCUCUGACCUCACUGAAGGUAUUUCUUUUGAGGGGUGGUGUGUGAGCAUAUGUGUGCGUGUGCAUCUGUCAUGUGGGUUUUAAAAAUCUUUUUUUACAUGUGGUAUCCACAAAAUAUAUCUCUGCUUGUAAAUUUUAUUAUAGAAAUCUUUAUUCUGUAUAGAUAGCCUAUUUAAUAGGGAUUCUAUAUAACCCAGUGGGACUUUCAGAAGAAGUACUAUUGUAAGGAAUUCACUUGGUAUUUCUUUGCUUUAGCUUUUAAAUGGCUUGAUUUUAAAGGAGAAAUUCUAUUUAUUAAUAAAAGUGUCACCCUCUUGGUGCUAAGCAGGAGAAUUCACAAUUACAGCAGUGUGUUUAAAAUUAGGUUUUUCAUAAUCCUGCAUCUUUUAAUGUGAUAAACUUGUGAAUCCUUCUGUGACCUUUUUUAAAAUGCAUUAUAUGACUGCUUUUGGAAGCUCUUACUGUUCUUUCCAGAAAUACAGCUGCUUUGCUUGGGUCUCCUUGAGCCAUAUUUAUAGUUGGUCCCAGCAUUCCAGAUUUCUGUUAAAUUGUUAGGCGAGUAAAAACUUAGUUUGCCUCGCAGGUAAAUCAUUUUCACUCACUUACUGUCAUCUGGAAACCAUACAAUUUCAGUGAUUGUGUGUGUGUGUGUGUGUGUGUUGUUGUUAAUUUUUUUCUAUUUUAGUCAGUUUUUCUGGUGCCUAGAGUUGGGUUUUUCAGCUCUAAAUAUGAAAGCAAAAGAGAUUAGAGUUAGUUACCAGAAGUAUGUCCUCUAAAGGUGUGGUGAGCCUUUUUAAGAACCAACAGAUUCUCUCUUGUCAAUUACAGCAGUUUAACAAUAGUUAAAUGUUAUUGCUGUUGUGCUGCUUCAUUUAAUGCACUGUGGAACAGAAUAAGGGUAUUGUUGGGAUGGGAUUUUGGUAACUUGAGGCUUUUAGCUGUGUUGACAGUUUGAGAUAAAAAGAUGUGAGUUAAAGUUUAUGUGUGUGAUAUGACUUAACUAUGCAGAAAAUAUAUAAGUUGGGUGUACCUGUUUUAUGUACAUCUGCUAUACUUACUCCCUUGAACCUGUGUAUUUCUCAGUGUUCAGGUUACCUUGAGAAAGGCCAUGCUUAGCACAGAACUGGAUUUCUCCUCUGAGAAAUUAUAGCAUGGUUUGAAGGAAUCAAGUGAUAAAGCAGUGUGCUGAAUAUGCAAUAAUUUACUUCUGUGUGCUGCAUUUUAAGAAGCUAGAUGAGAAGAGUAGUUGUGUUGGCUUCAUUAUGUUUUAUGUCUUUGAGAGAAAAAUAGGUCUUUGAGUCCACUUUUUAAAUGUUUUUAUGUUCCAGCCUUACAUGUUCCAAGGUUCAGUGCACUGUGAAUCUUUUUUUUUAAUUUUGUAGGUGCUUUUAUGUAUAACUGUAAUGAUUUGUACGAUGUUAAGUGAAGUUUUUUGUACUUAACCAUUGUUAUCCAAAAGGUAGGGGUAUAAUUUACAUGCUUUCACAAGCUUUUUGUUAAGAAAGAGCAAAUGAAUGGUUUUAGGAUUUCAACCAGUGACACUCUCCUGAGACAGAAAUUGAAUGAAACCCUUAGCAUGGGUAAAAUUUGAAGAGGUUUGAAACUUAAGUUGGAUUUUCAUGUUAAUAUAUAAAAACAAGUCUCCUGUGCUGUCAAAGGAUUUGUGGUCACUGCUUGCUGCUUUGAGCUUUGGAUAUCCUUAUUUUUCUAUUAAAUAUCAAUUAGUAAGUGCAGAUAAUGAAGAUGUAUAGCAAAAUACAGCAAAAGUAAUUAUAUGCUGUAAGAUUGGGUAUUUUGUCUUUUAAGGCUUUAGUAGUUUUGUGUAAUGUCAAAUAAAAAAAUUCAAAUCUAAGUGAAUGGCAUCCUUCCAUAGGAAUUAAAUUUAAAUUUUAUUAUAAAACUCAACAUAUUAUGGUGGUCAUUAGAAAAAUUCAGGUCUAAGUGCAUGUAUGCAUUAAAAACAUUUCGUUACCUAAUUCCCUUCCCCCCUCCUUUGGUUUCCAACAGGAGUUAACUUGAACAGUAAGGAGCAAAGUCGAUAUAAAAAUUAGACUGCCAAAUUACUUUUCUUACUAUGAUAAUAUAUUGUGGCUUUUUAUCUUUAUUUUUGUACCAGUACUUCUCUCUGCCUGUUCAGAGAUUGUGUUUUGAUUGACAUCUAUUGUGUCUCUGUAUUCUCUGAGGCAGUGUUUUCUUUGCAUAUUAAUCAUAGUUACAAGGUCAAAUUCAUUAACAUGUUUCUGAUUGAAGAAAGGUGUUACUUAGUGAUUUUGACUCGGAUUAUAUUCUGGCCUGGGGAAGGGGCUCAUAUGUAUUGUUUUAACUUCAGAUUAAUGAUAAGCAAGACUUAUUUUGUCUGAAGGUGUCAAUAUCCUUUUCCUUUAAGUACCUAUCUCUGGGUAAACAAGUGUUAGUAAAAGUACAGUUUUGUUAAACCUUGUUUUUGAUAGUUGGAUAAAGCCUGGCUAGUUCCUCAUUUUAUGUUCUGUCCUAAGCCUUUAAAGUGCAUUUGUAUAGUUGCCUAAAACUCUAAAAAUGAGAUUAUGAUGGGCUUUCUCAGCAGCUUUUUCUACCUAGAAUUGAGUUGCUCUUGAAGUUUAUACUCCUGUGUCAUAAAGAUGGCAGAUUGCAAAUAGGCAGUAAAGGCUCUUUCCCCGUGCUUGCAAAAUAGAGUUCUGGAUUGCAGUUUCAAGAUCCAGUAUAGAGAAUUAUUACAGAACAAAAGUGCUCUGAGGGGAAGAUAGCUGUAGUUGUUGGGCAAAGAGUGGAAGGAAGAAAUUUUAGAAGAUAAAUCAAUUCUUGAGUGCUGUCUGUUGUAUUAGGCUAGAAACAUGAUCAUUGCCUAGGCCAAGCAGUGUCUAAUAUAUAUGGCCAUUACCAGGUGUUUCCUAGCUCUGGGUAAAGUUAUUUUUUUACCGUUGCCAAGCAAUCCAGUAAAUCUUAAGUAAUUUUUCUCACUUCAGAGACCAGUAUUUGAGAGUGCAGUCCUUCCUGUGCUGAUAAUUUACAACUCCAGCUGCACUGAAGUGCUCUACUUUCUUACAGGAAUGUGACUCAGAGCACCGACAGCCAUGGUCAGGCAUGUGUCAUAGUCACUUCAUAUGGUAGCUAUACAUUUGUCCUGAAUGGUGAUCCAUUCCUUUCCAUCUAGUUUUCUUGUGACAAACCACAUUACUAUUGAAACAGUAGUCUAAAGCUAAGGAAAAGAAUGAAGCUACCUCUCAUACAUGGGAGUGGACUUGGAAGGCUGGCUGCCACCAGCUUAGUUGCUCAGACUUUAAAGUACAAAGAAAUGUAAAUAAAAAGCUAUGGUAAAAUAUGGAAAUUUUAUUUUGAGAGAUGUUUAUAAUUGAAUCUUUACUCUGGGUCUCCAGAUGAAUGAAAUCACAAGUAAUGAGAUUCCAUUUGUCUUGUGUCUUCUGUGGUUAGCAGAGGGGAUGGUCUAGCUCUAGUAGCAGCUUGAAAGCACAAUCUGAAAAUAACCGUGACAAGAGUGCUUGCAUUAGCUGUGUCAUAUUGGCCAAGGGUGCUUGGGAGAAAGGGAUUGGAUGCAGAAAUCAGUUGAAGUCAGUUGCCUUGGUUUGUGACUUCGUCCCAUAUCAGCCCUCCUCUUAGUAGACUUCUUUUAUCCAAUGGAAGAAUAAGGCCCUGAACAUAUAUAUGUGCUGCUUUUUUUUUUGGUGGGAGGGCUCUUGCAGGGGUUUGGGUGUUGUUUUGGUUCUUGGCUUCUAUCUGUUGAAUGCCAUUUGAAGACUGGUUGUUUCUUAAUUCUGUUUCUUGGUGUGACUGGCCGGGAAGAGGCCAUAAGAGUCUCCACCCCACCCCACCUCUCCUUUUUUAUCUCAUCCCUUCUAUAGAAAAAUAGUUUGUGCUACAUCCAUAUGGUGGUAAAUCUGCCACAGUGGGAAUUUACAUGCAGUGAUCAUAAUCUUGCUUGCCUUCUACAGAUGAUCUCACUUGACCCUUGGGCUGUAAGCAGACAGGCAGGCUAUGGACACCUGUGCUGUUUUGGGUCUCUCAAUGCAUUUAGCUUGUCUAUUGGAUUUGGGAACAAAGAAAACUUCUGUGUGGUUCUAGGGUAAAAUGGGCAGUGUUCUGCUAGUCUUUAGUCCUUGAGUGGACUUUAGUUAACAGGUUGUGGACUUGCGGAGGUAGAAUGUAAUAUUUUAAUUUAAGCUGCUUUUAAUUCGUUGACUGAGGUUCUAAAACAGUCUAUAGCUACUACAGUUGAAACAUUUUGGGCACAGAUCUACCAUUGUUAGUCAUUUCUCAAGCUUUAAGAAGUUAGUUCUUUGUAAAAUACCUUGGCUGAAUAUUCUUUUGUGAUAAUUUAAGAUCAACUACGGAUGACAACAAAUGAAAGCAAAGGUUUUCAACAGAAUGCAGUUUAGCAAGGUAGUAACUAUUCCUCAGUCGUUCGGUUAGGUGUUAAUACUUUUUGCAGUGAAUGAGUAGCAGUGGACUUAACACUCUUCAUGUCCUGUAUAUAUCAUGUGCACUGAUAGAGAAGCACAAAAGGUGUAUCUACGAGAGUUUCUCUGUGCGUUUCACUACUGUCCUAGGGCACUGCUGUCUCUGUUCAAUUUAGGUUUGUGUUUGGAUGUUGUACGAGUACCGUUUAAUUUCAAAUAUAAGUGUCCAAAGAAUAGAGUCUUUAAUUUUGCUUAUUUGCUCAUAUCUCACUUCAAAGUUAGGACAGGAGACAACUGAUUUUCCAUUUUCUUACAAACUUUUUUUCAGUAACAGGGAAGGAAAAUAAAACCCUGAACUAUAUUGUAUAUAUAUAUUUGUGUAUAUUAAUACACACAUAGUAUAUAUAUAUAUACACACACAUAUUUUCUUAUGAUUGUGUUUGAAAUGCAUUAGCUUAAUACCUUAUAAAAAAUCGUCUUUGGUAAGUAUUGACACAAUUCAGAUUAUAAGUUUUACCUGUUGGCUUUAAUGAAAACUUAAAACAAUCUUAUUUCAGAAUAAAAUAAUCAAAUGGAAUUGUAGUUCAUGGAUUAACUAAGGUGAGAUAUUCUUAUAUAUGAGAUUGUCUUUCAUCUAAUCAAAAUAAGGAUAUGCAGUUUAGUUUGGAUGGGAAAGGGGGUAAGAAAUUUUUUUUUUUUUUUUAACCCUGCUACUUCCAAAACAAGGGUUUGAAGUGUCUUUGAUGCUGUGGAGACUAGGUAAUGUUCAUGGAAGAUGUGUAGUCUUAAAACCGUUUUCUUGGAAGUAGGUUUUAGUGUAUACAAGGUGAAGCUAUUUAUGCUGAGUCAUGUUAAAUUUUAUGUGGGACCUAAAAAGCUGGCAGAAAACAAUUGAAGUGGUCUCACUAAAUAGGAUAUUAAGAGAACUGGACUUUAGAAUAAAUGUGAUAAUUAGGUUUGUAAACUAUUCAGUAAUCAUUUGUCUUAUGUGGAAUGAUUUAACAUUUAAUUUUUGCCUUAAUUAUCACAGCAUUUUAUUACUUUACCUUCUAGGGCAUUUUAAUGUUUGGAAAAAGACUCUCAGUAAACCAUUGGAGUAAUUCUAUUUAUGGUAGUAAUGAAGUUCCUGGUGAAGUUCCUUGGUUGUCAAACAGAGCAGAAAAGGUACCCUCUGAAACACCUGUGGGGUUUACCUCGUUCUACAAAUUGAGACCUUUAGAGUGGAUUUGUGUUUCUGGAUUCAUUAUAUUCUGGCUAAACAGUAGCUUGGUCUCUUUCCCUCUGUGUUAAUGGAAGGAUGAGGACUGAUUUUCACUUAAUUUGGGUGUGGCUAUUAUAAAUUAAGAAUUUCCAAUGAGUUUAAAUGUUUGCCGGAUAAAGUCUACUAGAAAUGCCAGCUGCACUCUCCACUGAGAAAAUGAACAAAGACCUGUCUUAACAGUUAUUCUUUUUUGAAAGCUUUUUGAUGUAAAUAACAUCAGUUUAGAAAUUAAAAACCUUUUAUCAUACAGAAUACAAUUUGGAUGAAGGGAAGUUUCCUUUGUAUUUUAAAACAUUUUUAUGGUUGAUUGUUCAAAUAUUGGCUUUCUGUAAAAAUAUUAUCGUGUUACAUUUAGACUGUUUGUAGUGCAAUAUCAAUAAAUUUUGCUGCUCCAGCAGUUUUAAUUACUACCUUAACCUGGUUUCUGCUACUGUUACUUGUUAUUAUAUUUUGGUUGUGUCUCUUUGGACCGAUAAAAAAUGACAAGUAUGAGAUAAAGACCUGCUUACAUGAUGAGAAGAAAUCUUAAAAGGUAGAAUGUGUCUGCAAAAGUGAAAAUAAAGAACUGGUAUGUAUUCUCCA